CACAAUGAGACAGGACUGCGGAGGAAACCUCAUGUUCAACAUGUAUCUCUCAGAUCCAACAGAAAAUCUGUUGAAAGAAAGCAAAGGAACAUCUUGGGGUCCAAUAAAUACAGGAGUACAGAAAGGCAGUGGGCAGAUUCAGCUUUGGCAGUUCCUGCUGGAGCUCCUCUCUGACAGCAACAACAUGUCGUGCAUCGCCUGGGAGGGCACCAACGGCGAGUUCAAGCUCAUCGACCCGGAUGAGGUGGCCCGGCGGUGGGGGGAACGCAAAAGCAAACCCAACAUGAACUACGACAAGCUGAGCCGGGCGCUGCGCUACUACUAUGACAAAAACAUCAUGACCAAAGUCCACGGAAAGCGAUAUGCCUACAAGUUUGAUUUCCACGGCUUGGCGCAAGUAUGCCAGCCGUCCACCACGGAGCAGGCCAUCUACAAGUUUCAGGGUAACUUCUCCCCGAUUCCCUUCUCCGGGAUUUCCAAACUGAACCUCGUUGCUCCCGGCGUGGGGCCGUCGGGUUUCUCCUACUGGCCGGGUUCCCCAUCUGCGGCCCUGUAUCACAGCCACAAUCUCCAGACUCCGGGUCCCUUUGGCACCGUGUCUCCGUCCCACAUCAGCUGUGUCAACAACAUCAACACUUUGACUAACAUCAAUAACCAUUACAACUGACUAUUUCAGAUAAGCUGGAAGAAUAUAAACACCACAAGUUAUGAUAUAAUGACCGAGGUCAGAUGGAAAAGAGCAGAGAAAGUCGGUUUUGGUCAUUUUUAGCUGAAAAUAUGUUUGGCUCAAUUUGGUUACAUAUUGACGUUUUCAGACAUACACACGUAACUAAUGAUCCAUAUGAAAUUAGAUGCUGCUGGAAUUUGUAAUCAAAACGACUAAAACUUGUAGUUAAACGAACAGAAAAUAAUAUAGGCCGGUUAAACUUUAAACUAAGACAUAUUUUCACGCACAAAUUAUUAAACCCAUCCUUUUAUUAAAAUACACACAGUGGUUUGAACUUUUACGCGUCGUGUUUCAAUUGUUAUAGUUUAAUUUAAACCAUGAAGAGCCCAAAUUUUUCACGAUUUUCCUAAAUUUCAUGCCAGGAUUGGUCAAAUUAAAUCGGAAAUCAACAAAGGUUUCCUUGUAUGAGACCUUUUUCUUUUCUUUUUUUUUUUUUUUAAGGAAAUGAACAAAUUAUAUUAAAUAAUUUGAAAAGAUAAUGAAAGACAGAUUGUCUGUUUUAUACCUAUCAGUU